AUGUAAGAAAAGCGUGAUUAGUUAAUUCUUGAUAUCAAGAUUGCCAAUUAUAGGAAGCAACAAUAACAAAGAUAAUAAUAGGAAUAACAAUUCAAAGAAUAAUUGCCAAAAAUCAAGGAACAAAAGCACCAAAUAUUUUAGGACGACAUGCAUCAUUUUGUAAAAUCAGUUUUUACAGGUUUCCCGAUAGCUUUGGGUUCAGUCAUAAUGUUUAGAUCAUUAAUGAUAUUCCCCUUUGCAAUUUGGACCACAAAUUAUAUGCAAAAUAACAUGCAUAAAGUGUAUGAAUUUUUGGAAAAUAAUUGA